AUGCAACUGCUUCAACUCUUCUGGCUGGCCUCGGUUGCCGUGGCAUUGGGCCAUGCUGCCACAUGCCCUGGAGGAGUGCCGGGCUGCUUGCCCGAAGCCAAUGCGUGCCGGGUGUGCCAUCCGACGUGCCUGUACUGCCAGCGAAUUGGAGAUAUGAGUCCUGAUGGUGUUUGUGGACCGGACGACUGUUUGCAAUGCCUGCACGGCUAUCGCUUCAUUGAAAAGUAUGAAGACGGCACCGGAGAGUGUACGGAUCGACCGGCCAUCUUCAAGGCUACGUGUCCGCAAUCCUUUGCCUUGUGCUCUCCUGAAAAUGAAUGCGAGAGCUGUGACUCCUCCUGCGAAUACUGCCAGGGAGAAACGCAGGUUUGCGGCGUCAAGGAUUGCAUGUCAUGCCGCGAGGGCUUUGUGCACCAUGAACUCUUUGACGAUGGCACAGGCGAAUGCUUACGUGAGUUGGUCGUAUACCUGCUGAGUCUGCGGUGUUGA